CAAUUCGAUCGAAACAAAAUUAGAAAAAAAGAAAACAAGUGUUUGGAGUAAUUUGGAAUUCUGCUGGAGUGGAAAAAGCGCAGACGAGAACAUUGGCAGGAAAAUGACGUCGCUGCUUCUAUUAAUUUCGGUGUUACUUUGGCUUCCUUCAAUCUCCGUUGCUUACAGACCUGGGGACAUCGUUCCUAUGAGCAAGAUGGGUCAAUACCAUUCCUCUAGAACUGUUUGGCAUGACGUGAUCGGAAAACAUUGCCCGAUCUUUGCUGUUAACCGCGAGGUAUUAAUUCCUAUAGAAAAGCCGACUGGUUACACGGGAGCUGAUCCCUAUAAAAUAUCAUUCCAAGUUGGGAAGGAGAAGUUUCUUGUCCCAUGGCUUUUUCUUAUAAAUCGUAAGAGUUCUGAAGUUCCAAUGAUUGACAUGCAUUUGAGGUACUCAGGUGGUGAUUUGCAUGGUGUAACUGCUAAAAUUGUGGAUAUGCCUCAUCAUUAUGUUGAUAUUCAUCCAAAUAUUCGUAAACAAUUCUGGGAUCCUCAAAAUUGGCCAAAACAUGUGCUUGUCAGAUAUACCUGGGAGGAGCAAUCAGAGAUAGAUGUGACCUCUGGAUUUUAUGUUCUGUUUGGAUCAGGGCUGAUGCUAUCAUUUAUUCUUUCAAUCUACAUCUUGCAGUCAUCAAGGGACAAAUUAGCAAAGUUCGUAAUGGAGACGGUUGUGGAAAGCAGCAUGCCCGGAGUCGGAGUUGCAAAGGUUGAGUGAUUCUUCAGUUUUGAUAGAUUGCGUGAUGUGAAUUAUGGCAAGGAUUUUUGGAAGCCCCCACGGGGCAUUGAAAUGGAUACAAGUAACUUUUCCUGAUAAUGAAAAA